CCGCCAGUGCGGUGGAAAAGGGCAGUUCCGUCUAGCGCUGACGUCAGGCCGUCUGCCUGCCUCAGUACCGUAUCUCCAUAUGAAACCCAAUCUCCUUGGACUUGAAGGAGGAGGCGGAGGAGGCGGAGUGGCUGGGAAAGCCGCCGCCGGGAGUCCGUCGCUCCGUCCGGCCAGCGCAGAAACAGAGUAGUAGCUAGGCGCUUUCCGCCGGCGCUGGGGCAAGGGAAACUUACCGAGAGACUGGAGAGAAGGGAAACCGAGGGGAGGGAAGAAAGAGCAGUUAGGUCCUCCCCCAGUUUGACUGUUUCUUCCCUCCACUGUUUUUUUUUGGGGGGGGGGGGUGUUUUGUUUUAUAACUUAAUUUCUCCAGAAUUGAUUUUUUUUUUUAAACGAGAAAAGCGCAUUGCCUUCUCUUCCCUCUCCGGGCUGAAGCAGCGGCAGCCGCAGGAUCUUCCUUUAUGUGGUGCCUCCCGGAGCCCCCCUCGCUCUUCUCCAAGUCCCCCGUUUUCCUCUCCCUCCUUUUUAAAUGUAUAACUUAAUGGGUCUCAACAGCACCGCGGCCGCCGGGCAGCCCAAUGUGUCCUGCACAUGCAACUGCAAAAGGUCUUUGUUCCAGAGCAUGGAGAUCACGGAAUUGGAGUUUGUGCAGAUAAUCAUCAUCGUGGUGGUCAUGAUGGUGAUGGUGGUGGUGAUCACGUGCCUGUUGAAUCAUUAUAAGCUCUCUGCCCGCUCCUUCAUCCACCGGCACAGCCAAGGGCGAAGAAGAGAAGAGAACCUCUCUUCGGAAGGAAGUCUGUGGCCUUCAGAGAGCACCGUCUCAGGCAACGGACUCACAGAGCAGCAGAUCUACGCACCAUCCCGCUCAGCAGACCGCCUGACGGUACCAUCCUUCCUCCAGAGGGACCGAUUCAACCGCUUUCAGCCCACCUAUCCUUAUUUGCAGCACGAGAUCGACCUCCCACCCACCAUCUCCCUCUCGGAUGGCGAGGAGCCACCCCCUUACCAGGGCCCAUGCACACUUCAGCUCCGGGACCCAGAGCAGCAGAUGGAACUCAACCGUGAGUCUGUCCGGGCCCCCCCUAACAGAACCAUCUUUGACAGCGACUUAAUAGACAAUUCCAUGUAUGGGGGGCCCUGCCCUCCGAGCAGUAACUCUGGCAUCAGUGCCACGUGCUACGGGAGCAACGGGAGGAUGGAAGGGCCGCCGCCGACGUACAACGAAGUGAUCGGGCACUAUCCUGGCUCAACAUUUUACCAACACCAGCAGAACAAUGGGACGCCCUCCAUACUGGAGAACAACAGACUUCACCAGUCACAAAUCAGUAGCCUCGAGAGCACAAUUGCAUGGAACAAAGAGAAAGAGAAGCAAAAAGGACACCCCUUUUAAAAUCCAAAAUAAGGAAAUACACACACACACAUACAGAAAAAAAAGUAAAUUAAACACUCUGCACUUCUUAAAAGAAAAAGCAAGAGAUGGACAGGGGGUGGGGGUGGGGGGUAGGGACGAGGAUGAAGAUGGGGGGAUGGGGGAAGUGAGAGUAAAACCAACCCGUCUCCACCUCUAUGUGUAUAAAUAUUUACUUGUUAUGUCUGGUCUGAAUGCUCAAGCCAAGAAAGCUUGCAAAAACGUUUCUUUGUUAGCUGUGUCUUGAAGUCAAAAGAAAAAAAAAUUGACAGUAGUCUUUGUUUUUGUUUCUAGUUGAGCUGUGUGCGUGAAUGCUUUUUUUUUGUUUAUGAUGAUUUCACUUAACUUUAAAGACAUAUUUGCACAAAAACAUUUGUUUAAAGAUCUGCAAUAUAUAUAUAAAUAUAUAUAAAAUAUGAGAAACUGUAUGUGCGGCGGCAGGAGUAUUUUUGUAUUAGAAGAGGCCUAUUAAAAAAAGUUUUGUUGUUUUCUGACUAGAAAAAAAUGGCAAUUUUUUUGAGUGCCAACUCAAAAAGUGUGUAUUAAUUACAUUGUAAAAAAAACCUACAAAGCAGGGGUUUAGAGUUAUUUAUAUAAAUAUUGAAAUUUUGCACUAUUUUUUAAUAUAAAUAUGUCAGUGCUUGUGUUUAUGGCAGCCUCUGUCCCAUCUACCACAGACCGUAGGGGGUAAAUUUUCAACCAGAUUAAACUAGCCAAAGGGGUAGAAUAUCCAAACUUUGAAAAACCGCACCCCUCUAUAAGAGCACAGUCCAAGAGACUGCAUUCCAGGCAAAACAGUCAUGUCCAAGGUCCCCAAGCUGGACCUAGGAUAUCCCAACUUACUAAGGCAUACUUUAGUGAUAGACAAUUACUGUUCUUUACAUUCCGUACUGAGCACGGAAAUUCUCCUCUGGGCCAGUUAUGAUCAUUGGAGUAAACAAAAUUCAGAUGCUUCUGAAUUAUAAGGAAACCCAGAAAGUUAUCAGAAAUCCAGAUUACCUGUUGUGAGCUAUACCUUUUUCCAUGAUAAGAAUAAACUUCUGUUACUGAAGGAAUCUAGGGGUUUUUUUGUUUUUGUUUUGUUUUUUUGUUUUGUUGUUUUGGGUUUUUUCCCCCUUUUUUCUUCUCAAAUCAGAAUGAUGAAGGUCCCUGUUGGGAAUGUUUCAAAAGUCCACGGGAGUCAAUUGCAAUAUAGCUAGUCUGCCUUUGAGAGUUUCAGUGUUUCUUUGAAGACACAAGUGACGGUGUUUGUCAUUGUGCAAAACGUCUUCAGAGUGAAUUCCAAAACUUCCAUGAAGGUUUAGUGCAGUGAAAAUGUUCGGGAGCUAAUCGCAUCCCUGUGAAUGGAUUCUAGCUAAAACAACAAAUGAAAAAAGACUACAGAUGAAAAUAAAGAACCCAGGUUGGCUCCUGUGAUUCGUUUAAGGCUUGAAAAAAAAACAAAGUCAUGCUCGAUGCUUAAGAAGCAAAACUCUUUACCUCUUCUGAGAUGUUUUCACUAGGCAGCAUCAUCCCCCACUCCCCUGCCUUUCCCCACAACAAUCGUUUUGAUGUGUUUAUUUAUGUGUUACAUACGCAUUUUUGUCUUACUAUGCUAUUGUUUACAUUUUUAUAUUGUGUUAUUUCAGAUAGAUGUGAUACCCUUGUGGUGUACUUGUAUGUCAGAGAGAGAGCGAGUGGGAGCCAGAGGGAGAGGAUGAGGAGAAGAGAGACCAGAAAGCGGGAAGGGCGGAGCCCUGGCUCCUUGCUCUUUGAUGGGCAGGUAUAACUAACCUGGCCACACUUUCCCGACUGCUGAGGACCGGACUUCCCCGAACUGGGAGGUGGUGUUAGCUGGGUGAACUCCAAGGUUGAAGAGUUCUAUUCCCAUGGAGGUGUGUUUCAUUUUCUGCUAACUAGUAGAAUAACAUAAAUGAAAGAUAUAAAAGGCAAUAACUAUUGUUUUUAAGCAACUUUUUUCUAUUACUUGAAAAACUUGAGAACAGUUUUGAAGUUCUGACCAUUUGAACACUAUUUAUAUAUAUACAUAUAUAUAUUAAAAACGUAUAUAUUUUAAGAAGAUGACGAAUAGACAAACUUGAAGUUUCACCGUUUGGCUUGUUUGCCUGGCGAUCGUCCUUUACCUUUACAAUAUUGGAACCUGCCCCUCUAUGGUGUCCUCAAUUCCCCAGGACUUUAGUCCCAUCACCUAAAUUUUGCUUCCCUCUCCCUGCCUCCCUCUCUCUCUUUCUCUCUUCCAAAAAAAAAAAAAAUCGCGUAGAGAAACCAAUCCAAUUUGUUCUGAAAGGUACACGGACGCAUUUGUAGAAGUUUUACAAAAAUGUAUCUUUCCUUUUAUGUGACAUGUCUAUCUAGUGCCUUAUUAAAGAAACAGUAACCCUCUGUUGCAAAGGGGGGCAAGGAAGUAAAACUCCUGUUACAAGCACCAAAGGGAACUGGCGUUUGUUGUCCUCCAUGGCAAGGGCUACUGCUUCUUUAAAACCAUCCCCUUCACCCACUAGCCCCUGUGCGAUGUGCCUGGCCCUGGGAGGUUCGCCCUUCUGUCAUCCACGUUCUUGGGCUGUCUGUCAGGUGCUGUGCUGCCGAAAAGCCACGGUGGAGAUUGCCUCGGUGACACCAACCAAAAGACUGACAUAGAUUCACUGCCCUCUUGAGCUGAAACGCUUGACUAAUGGGAUUUCAUUCUGCAGUCAAAGUGGUUUCUUUGCCACGAGAUAAAAAGAAAGAAAAAUGGUUACCUUUGCAGGUUGGCGGCAGAAAUAGGGGUCAUUUAUUCUGAAUGGGGUCUGGCCACUCCUAGGAGCUCAGCGUGGGGGAGGGGAACGUGACUAGGAAAGCAAGCUGACGGAGAGUGAGGACACUGACCGAAAGCGGGCACCUGUCUCUAGAAUCGCCCCCAGGAAGCUGGCUUCCAUCUGCCCACCCGGCGCCCUUCUGAUAAAGCUUGUGAAAUGACAGAGGGAAAGUUUCUUUUUCUUUUUUUUUCCUUCUCCCAGUUGAACGGAAGACAGACACCACCCAAAUGCUGCUGGUACUUACUCUUGGCCUUGGUAAACAGCAGGGCAGUCAUGCAUGGGGCACUUGAAAUCAAAAUGCUAACAGCCAGGAUCACAAUAUCCCCAGGAGAGGGCUUUGCCCACAAAUCACAGUGUGUCCUAGCCCUUGUUUCCUUUAGCCCAUCUCUCCCGUUCCCACCCCAUCCAACAGAGGACAGAGCGACUAUCGGGAUAUUCUUGCAAACAUAUCCAAUAUAGUCUUGGAUCUUGGGCACCCUUUCUUUGAAAGCAGAUAUUCCCAGACAGUUCUCAGCAGGCUCUCCCCUUCAUCUGGCUUUAGGGAAGGUGAAAAUGGGGAGGGCUCCUAUCUUAGACCAAAUAAGGAUGAUGGUGUCACCCAAGCCUUGUGGUAUCCAAGGAGGACGGCGGUCUGGGUCAUUCCCUUGGGGGUGGAGACUGGUGAAGCCCACCUGUUUCUUGAUGAGUUCAAGGACAGGUAGACCAUUUUCCUAACCCAGUAAAUGACUUCCUUCCAAGUCCAUCAUCACAUUGAAGUGGAAGGAAGGGCAAGGGGUAGGUUUCCUCAGCAAACCCCUUUUUGUAUGUUGGAUGGACAUAAUGAAAUUGCACUAAUCACCAUAUUUUUUUUUUGAAUGCCCACCAUUUCCACAAAGGGUUAAAAUUGACAGACUCCAGGUGUGUAGCGUAAACAGUGCUAGGCAAGAACCGAAUUCAUUUCUACUCCCUGUGAAUUGUAUAUUUCGGAGAUUUUUAUACGUGCAGCUCAGAUACAAAAAUUUUAAAAAAACCAAACCAAACCAUGUUUUCCAGAAACCGCGCUUCAGACUUUGCUGUACUAUAGAGCUCAGAAGGACAGCAUUACAGUCCUCAUUUGCCUGCCUUAUAAUCACAUUUCACUGUAUUAAUAUUUUCUGAAACUUCCAAUUAUGUUGCUUCAGCUCUAGGCAGACCUGUAUCCUGAGUUCUGUUCGAGGUAAACUUCUGUAAACUAUUGGCAGCACAUUCAAUGCAGUACCUAAUCUAUAUUUUGCUGUUUUAGUAUAAAUAUGUACUCUGAUGCCAAUUUACAAAAAUCUGUUGUAAACGCUUAUUGUGUAACAGUAAUCAAUAGCAGCAGUGGCGACAUUCAAAAACACUGCACUACUUAUACAAUAAAUUUUACAAUUCUUUGGA